UGUCUGUCAUUUUUUUAAUUUCCGGUCUGUUACGUUGCUAAGUAACAGCUCCUAAGCAUACGCUAGCUAGAUGCUAUAUUUAAGAGUUUGGGAAUACGCAACGUUUCAAGUAAUUUGUUAUCGUUAAAACUACUCGUUUAAAGCCAUGACAGCUAUAAAAGACGGGGAGUACACGGCUACAAUCUACAAACUGAUUAAAGACUGCCAGUAUGUGGAAGCAAUUCACAUCCUAAACGGCCAACUUCAAAAACACACAAAGUCCAGGGCAGCGCUGUCUCUGCUGGGUUACUGCUACUAUCACAUCCAGGAUUUCACCAACGCUGCAGAGUGCUACGAGCUUGUCACCCAGCUGCACCCGGAGGUGGAGGAGUACAAGGUGUACUACGCCCAGUCCCUGUACAAAGCUGGUGCUUAUCCUGAGGCCACAAAGGCCUCCUUCAUGCUCGACAACCCCAGCAGUCACACCAAGAUGGUCAAGCUGCAAGCCUGUAUCAAAUAUUGUGAGGAAGAUUACUCAGCUGCCAAGUCAAUGCUGGAGCAGCUGCCCCAGGACGACCCAGACUACGUCUACAAUAUGGGCUGUUUGCUUUACCAGGACGGCAAGUAUGAGGAGGCCUGCAAGAAGUUCGUGUCUGCCAUGCAGGUGCUGGGAUACGUGCCAGCGUUGUCCUACAACAUCGCCCUGUGUUACUACAGCCUGAAGAACUACGCUCAGGCCCUCAAAUACAUCGGAGAGAUCAUAGAACGAGGCAUCCGGGAACAUCCAGAGCUGAGUGUCGGGAUGACGACUGAGGGCAUCGACGUCCACAGCGUGGGCAACACGCUGGUACUGCAUCAGACAGCCCUGAUCGAAGCCUUCAACCUCAAAGCUGCCAUCGAAUACCAGCUGAAGAACUUGAAAGGAGCUCAGGAGGCUUUGACAGACAUGCCUCCCAGAUCAGAGGAGGAGCUGGACCCAGUGACACUCCACAACCAGGCUCUGGUCAACAUGGACACGAAGCCGUCGGAGGGUUUUGAGAAGCUGGCCUUCCUGCUGCAGCAGCCCUCCUUCCCCCCCGUCACCUUCGGAAACCUGCUGCUGCUCUACUGCAAACACGAGUACUUUGACCUGGCAGCUGACGUCCUGGCAGAAAACGCCCAUCUCACCUACAAGUUCCUCUCCCCGUACAUGUAUGAGUUUCUUGAUGCCUUCUUGACCUGCCAGACAGCACCAGAGGAGGCUUUUAGGAAGUUUGAUGAGAUGAACGGCAAACUGACAGAGCAGUUACGGAAGCUGGCCAAGCAGGUGCAGGAGGCCAGGCUGGCUCGAGACGAUGAAGUGCAGAAGAAAGCUCUGCAGGACUACGACCUGAUGCAGGAGAAGUACAUCGUGGUCCUGAUGGCCCAGGCCAAGAUCUACUGGAACCGGGAGAACUUCCAGAUGGUGGAAAAGAUCUUCCGCAAGUCAGUGGAGGUCUGUAAUGAGGACGAUACCUGGAAGCUGAACGUAGCCCACGUGCUCUUCAUGCAGAACAAGUACAAGGAGGCCAUCGGCUUCUACGAGCCCAUCGUCAAGAAGCACUAUGAUAACGUGGAGCAGUGUAACAUUCAGGAGUGUCCCUGCAAGUGCAAACCCUCGAUCCUGAAUGUCAGCGCUGUGGUCCUGGCCAACCUGUGUGUGUCCUACAUCAUGACCAGCCAGAAUGAAGAGGCUGAAGAGCUGAUGAGGAAGAUUGAGAAAGAGGAGGAGCAGAUCUCCUACGACGACCCCGACAAGAAGGUCUUCCACCUCUGCAUCGUCAACCUGGUCAUCGGGACGCUGUACUGUGCCAAGGGGAACUACGACUUUGGCAUCUCUCGUGUCAUCAAGAGCCUGGAGCCUUACAAUAAGAAGCUAGGGACGGACACAUGGUUCUACGCCAAGCGCUGUUUCCUGUCUCUGCUGGAGAACAUGUCCAAACACAUGGUCAUGCUGAGGGACACUGUGGUACAGGAGUGUAUUCAGUUCCUGGAGCACUGCGAGGCGUACGGUAAGGAGGUUCCAGCCAUCAUCGAGCAGCCUCUGGAGGAGAUCCGCAUUCACAUCGGCAAGAACACCGUCACCUACGAGGCUCGACUACUCAAGGCGCUGUUCUACGAGGUCAUUGGCUGGAACAACUGACAUCAUCACACAGGUGUCCCUGUAAUGUGUGAGGUUUGCUGAUCCCCAUUUACCAGAUCAGUAACAUCACUGACUGCAGCCAGCGAUGGCAUUUUGUCAGUGUCUUCCAUUCAAAGGAUAAUGGAACUUAACUGGAAAUCAAGAGACGACAUAUACUGGUGCACACACACACAUUCACUGAUGUGUUUUGAAUAAGGUCUGCUAUGCAAGCUUUAUAUUUCUGGGACUCAAAACCAUUUCCAGUUCCAGACUUCCUUUUGGACUCUCAUCAACACACACACACACACACACCCCAGGGGAAGCUUUUAUUAAGUUGAGUUGAGCUGGGGGAGUUCUGGCAGGAAGAGAGCUCCAACAGAUCUUAGACAAUCAGUUUGUGUUCUUUCUCAUUUUGUGAUCCGACCGAAGCUCCACUUCACAGACUCUCAUAGUCAGCAAUGUAAGCAGAAAUGAUUUUUAUUAUCACUAUCAGUACUAUUUAAUGUUAUACAGGAUACAUACAGCAGACUUUGUUUUAUUGGUAGUUUAAUCUGCUAACAUAAAAUACAUAAUAACAUUUUGUAUGUAAGUUCAUCUGCAGGCAUUAAUAGUUUAUGCAUAUAUCCUCUUUGGUCAGUGCUGGUUGUACAGCUGCCUUCUGGCCCUGUUCUGUGGAUUUAUAUUCAGUAGAUAAAAUGUUUGUGAAAAUAAAGAUAUUUUCGGGGAGGAAAAAAGUAAAACAGUAUCAUGAUGUUCAGAUGAUGAUGAUCAGAUUUUCUUUCUUUGAAGUUACCUUAAAUAUUUCUUUGCCUUUUCAAAUAGGUUGAUUCUGAAAACAGUGUCCAGAUGACUAUGAUUGAAACCUUUUCUACGAUGGUACAUUCCUGGACGAAUGAGGGACUACACCGUCUUUCAAAUAGGGAUGCUCCAAUCAGGCUUUUAAUGGCUGAUUUCUCCGAUGCUGGAACUGAUAAUUCUGUAUAAUCUAUAAACCGACAGUUUCCCCCUCUGUAUGACAGCCAGCUUUUUGCCCCACCUGUAGCCUUUCAGAACAACUAUAAACACUUUUGCCUUCCGACGUGUUCUGACAACAUGUCGUACGGACCACUUUGUUUCAAGCGUACUCCGACUUUAAAUGUUAUAAAUAUUAUUUUCCAAGUUGGACUUGCCACCGUAAACCAGGGUAUUAUUUUCAUAAUCAUGGCCAUUCUGACUAUAGCUGAAAAUAACUUUGUACCUGCAGCCUCCGUUUUCUGCUCGCCCUGACAUAUUUGCUGAAUCUCUGUAACCAAGGUGACAAGUGCGAAGUUAUUACAACUCAUAGUCAGAAUGACCACUAUUAUGAGAAUAAGAACCAGGUUAUAAAAUAGAAUAAUUUUCCUUUUAAUUCAUUACAAGUCAAAUCAAGUCAGUGUUAUUUAUAUAGCCCAAUAUCACAUUUUGCCUAAAGGGGCUUUUGUUAUACUCUUAUACAUCCUCUAAAAUCAGCAGGUGUAAAUUCUGGACAGGUCUCUCUCCUCACAGAGCAGCCAGAAAUAUCAAAUUAUUUCAGACAAAAACUACAACCGGGAGAUGACAUCACGAUUACAGUUGUCACUAUUUAUCCCUUCAACCAUAACUCUCAAAAAACUGGUUAAGAUGCUGUGUGGCAAAAAGCAAAAUCGCUGACUCACUCUGUGCAAAUAUGAAACUAAUAUAUUCCCAAAAGAAAUCCCCCAAAACCCUGAUUUCUUUUAGAAUAGUAAUAAAUAAAUUCUUCAGCUAGCUCGUUGCAGCUAUCACUAGCCAAAUAACAGCCUGAAGACGCUGCCUGCCUGACUGUACCUGGAGACAACAGCACCAUCCCCAUGUCCAGCUCCACGUGGACAGGAACAUGCACUGCCCUGGACGAUAGUUUGCUGAAGAUCAGAUCUACCUUUUUCUCACACUCAAGUUAUUUGUAAAGAGUAACGGUGAAUUCUGAUUCCUGUUGGAUUGGAGCAUCACUACUUUCAAAAAUCAUCUUGUUAAAUAAAUUAAUUAAUUAGAUAAAUUUGAUCCGUAGCUGUAGGUCAGAUUCAGCACAUGGGGAAUAAAGCAUCUUCCUCAUUAUAAUCAUAGAAUACAAUCUGAACAAAAUAUAGGUAGAAAAAAAACUGAUUUUGUUUCCAUUUUGUGCCAAACAGCCACAUCCCAGCGUUUUAUUAAGCAUUUAUCAUCUUACGACUAUGUUCAUAAUGCAACAUAUUGUGUCGGGAGUCAGUCUCCAGCCGUGAAGAGCAUCUCUACCUGAUGAUCUACGUUUUGCUCGUGUGAACACACGCGUGGGGGGGUGGGGGUGUUCAGGAGAGCGGCCUCUUCGUUAUGUCCUGUUCUGUCAGGUAGUAGUUCAGGUAUCCGCCCAGAGCCCCGACAGCCACGGCCGUCAUGUGACUGGAGCAGCCAUCUGUGAGACGGGAAAUGACACAAACAGAGAAGGACAGAGAGGGGGAGGAAAGAGUGAGGGAAUCAGUUUCACUUGAGUGUACUGGAGCAUUUUAUGAGCAUUAUAUCGUUUUUUUUCCCUCAAAGUUCUGCAUUCAAGUUUUUACUUAUAUGAAAGUCAACAAGUUUUAGCAGUAAAAUGACCUGUGAUUCAAAAGUACAAGAUAAAGAAGUGAAAAACAGGUUUGGGGGAUUUUCAUGUUUGCAGGUCAGAUAAAGAAAAGAUUCAAACUAACCCAUCUCACAGCAACAGUGAUCACUGACUCCUGUCCGUCUUUAUUAUUAAUUAAUUUGUUAUUUCUGCUCAGCUUGCUUAGAAUAAAAUAUACUUGAAUGAG